CUGCCGAUUAUUUUAUAGAAAAUUUACCUGGACUUGCUAAAGAUGCAAAUGUUAAAGCUCACUCUGGUCAUAUUACAAUUAACGAAACUGCAAAUGCCAAUAUAUUCUUUUGGUUAAUACAUAAUCGUCACAUUGCUGAUAAAUCUAAAUUUAUUAUAUGGCUAAAUGGUGGACCUUGGAGAAUAAACACAGAUAAUGAAACAUUAAGAUUAAUUGAUGGAUCCUGGAAUGAGUAUGCUAAUGUAUUAUAUGUGGAUCAACCUAUUGGCACUGGUUUUAGUUAUGCAAAUAGUAAUAGUUAUUUAACAAAUGUUACACAG